AUACCUGUGCUAACAGCAGUGGAAAUUGAAAACAUUCUUUCUUUUUGGGAUUAUUCAGUGCACUGUUAAAAGAAGACAUUAAAAUUGUGUGUAUUGUAAGUGUUAAUUGACAUUGACUUAUCUGAACUAAAACUAGAAUAAUCACACAAUGUAUGUGUUAUACAAACCAGUGGUUAAGCAAGGAGAUAGUGAGGUACACAAACAGAAUGAACAGGCCCAGCCUUCUACCUCAGGUAUACAGUUAGACUUAGGACCUUAUAAUCAGCCAUUAGACAUUAGAUCACAAACAGUUCUUCAGACACAAAUGUCAAGUGGAUCAUCAAGUUCCAGUCAAGGACAAUCCUUUCUACAAAGUCAGCCAUUUGUUCAGAGCAUUCAAUCUCAAGGUCAUUUGCAACAUGUGAUUCAAGGACAACAAGCUGUUCAGGGUACCAGUACAUAUGUCCAAGUGGGACAGCAGCUGUUUCAGGUGCAGCCAAUGGCUACAGGUCAAAAUCUAGGACACUCACUUUCAACAGAUAUAAACAAUGCAAAUCUUUCUGUGAAAAUCGGUCAGAUUUCACCACUACUAAAUAUUAAUUCAUCUGAUAAUCCAUCACAAAGACAAAUUAUUACUCAUAUCAAGUCUGAACCAUUAAGCAAACAGCAUGAAAAUAUUCCCUCAACAUCGGAAAUUGAAAAUACUUGUAUCAAAACUGAAGUGUUAGACCCAGAAUAUGAACAGCAUGAUAGUGCUAAUUCAACUGUAGGUAUUGCAAGUACAAACCUAUAUUCAGGAGAAGUGUAUCCAACAGGUUUAGUGACAAAUGUUUGUAUGUUGAAUGAUCAAAGUGGUAAAGUAUCAUGCGCCAAUACAGACACCAAAACACACCUUCACAAUAAAGAACAAACACAAAUUGACCCAAACUCCAAAAUAAACUGGAUGGAUAAGGCUUUAAUUCAUUGGAAAAAAUGGGCAACAUCUAAACAAAAACAUCUGGCGAGUAAAGGUUUAACCUGCACAAGUUUUAUGGAACUUAUUAAAUGCAUUAGGAGUAAAAAACAGUUGCUGGAACUAGUGUUUGAAUUUGCUUUUGAUUUGGUCGAUGAAAAUGGAAAAACCUAUUCAUGGGAUUACAUGUCAAAAAUAAUAUCAAUGCUUGAAGAGGGAAGUAAAGAAGCAUUAAGAUGGAUCGAUGUGAAGAUGCUUUAUGUAGCAAAAACAGCCUAUACAGCUCGUAAAAAAGAUAUAGCUGAUGAAAUUAUUAUUAAAAAACUAUCUGAAAUGAAACCACAACAGAAACCUGCUUUGCAGCAGCUUAAACCAAUUUUACCAAAACCAAAUUCUUCUCAAAGUUCAUGCAAUUCAAGUGAAGAAGGUUCUGCAUAUACGAAAGAUGAUUUAAGGGAAAAAGAUUUAGAAAGAGACGAUCUUCAGGCAAAUUGUGAGAAUGAUGAAUCAGCUGGAGUUCAAGCUAUGGUUAGCACAAUUGUGACAAAGAGCACCAGUAACAAGGUAUUAAGUUGUAAUGUUACAAGCAGUUCAUACUUUCCAUCAUCAUUAGAAAAAAGUAAUAAAAAGAAGAGAGAAAGAGAUGAAGAAACCAGGUCAGAAGCUUCUGUUAAGAAAAUUAAAAAAGAGCCUAUAGAAAUAACUGACAUUGAAAUCUAUCCAAAAGAAAAACCAGGUGAAAUCACCAGCGAUAAUACUUGCACUGUAAUUCAUGCUAAUAUUAAUGAAAAUAUGACCUCUGCUGGGGGUUCUGAAAACUCGUUAUAUACUAGGGUAGCCAUGCAGAGUAUGAUACCUACUGAAAUCCUUUGCCAAGGACCAUUCUGUAUUGAAAAUGUGACUUCUCUAGCAAAUGAAGCCUCUGAUAAGGUUCCUGUUGAUAGAUAUAAUUUUCUGGAAGGUAGAGAUCAUUGUGACAUAAAUAAAGCUUUUGCAGCAGACAAUGUAGACAAUACUUCAGCAUCAAAGAACACUGCCGUCAGCACUGAUAUUGAGAAAAUUAACUCAUCUGUUCCAGGAAACACCUUGAAGAAUAAUAACUGGGCAAACAAUACUUGGAACGAUUGGGCAAAAGCUAGAAACAAGAUUAAUGUAGAUCCAAACGAAAAACCUGUGCCUUUACUACACACUGUGUUCAAAAAUGUGACAGAAGAAGAAUUGAAUGAAUUGUUGAUUAAAUUUAUAUAUGAAGUAAGGAAUGGUGCUGGUGCUCCUUAUCCUCCAAAUUCAAUUAGAUCAUUAAUUGCUGGAUUUCAGCGCAUUUUCAGACGGUCAGGUUGGACUAAUUUAAGCUUGUUUGAUUCCACAAAGAAAGAGUUUUCCAAAUUUCAUAAAGCAUUAGAUGAUCGAUGUUGUGAACUGAUAAAACAGGGUAUUGGAGUAUCAAAAAAGCAGGCUCAAAUGAUAACAGACCAACAAGAACAAGUUCUGUGGGAAAAGGGAGUGUUCAGUCUUGACAUGUCAUGGGGUUUGUUAUAUGCAGUGUACUUUUACACUUGCAAAGUUUUCUGUGUUGGCCCAUCAUACGAACUCUGGAAGCUGCGUGUUAGUCAGUUUGCAUUUGGUGAAGAUGAAACUGGAAAAUAUGUGCAAUUUACCUCCAGAGUUACUGUUUCAUCCAAGAAAAUCAAGCCAGUUAAACAAUAUAAAUGUGAAGACAAUCCUCGUACUUACUAUAAUAUGCUGGAAAAAUACAUGUUGAUAAUUCCUAAAGUAAAUGAUAUAUUCUGGUUUCGUCCUUCACGAGAUUUCUCUAGCUUACCGAUAAGUAAGAGUAGAUUAGUAUUUUCAAGAUGUCCUUUAGGGAAAAACAUGUUAGAUAAUUUAAUCUCAAAAAUGAUGAAACAUGCUGGCUACAAGGGAUAUUACACUAAUCAUUCAGUCAAAGCAACCAUGGCAGCUAAAAUGUUUAAACAAGGCUACCAAGAAGAAUUUAUACAGGAAAGGACAGGCCACUCAUCAACAAUUACAGUGAAAAAGUAUAAUAAAGGAAUUCAUAAUGCAGAAGCAGUAAGAGCAGAUAUCAGUAGCACACUCGAUCCUCCACCACCUAAACAAGUAAAACAUUCACAUCUUGUUAAUAAUGGAAACAAAAAUGUCUCUGUGGGAAGUACACAGGUCAGAGUUGUAACACUACCAAAAGUGCCAGAGAAACAAAGUGAACAUCUACAGGACCUAGAAAACCAGACCAAAUCUUACGAAGAUGUCCAGGCAAGUUCAAAGAUCUCACAACAGGAAAUUGAAAUUCUUCAGAGAGAGAAAGAUAAACAAAAUAAAGAGAUACUUAUCCUGAAAAAGACAGUUGACGAAAUGGAACUUAGAAUAGAAACACAAAAACAAACGUUGAGUGCUAGAGAUGAGAGUAUGAAAAAACUAUUAGAAAUGUUACAAAGUAAAGGAUUGUCGGUACAGAAAAUAGAGGAUAAUCAACAGGAAGUGGAACAUCUACAAACACGACAGUUGGAGGACGAUCGGAAAAUUAAACAGUUACAAAAUACUGCUAGUCAGAAUGAAUUAGAAAUGUCUAAAGUAAAAGAGGAAAACAGUAAACUUUCAGAUGAAUUGAAACACAGUAAACUUCAAUUAAAACAGCAACCUUCCAGUACCCAUACUAUGCAAGCUAUCUUAGAAGCCAAGGAUUCUAGAAUCUCAGCAUUAGAGAAAGAAGUUCAGAGUUUAGAGGAUAGGUUAAUGACCCUGCAAGAAGAAGGAAGUAUUCACUAUGAUAGAAAGGAUAAAGAUGCUGUAUCCAGUAGGGAGAAGACCCUUAAAGCUGAAGUAGAUCUGUAUAAGAAGGAAACGUCCAGGAAAGACAAAGAGGUCUUAGGUCUAACCAUGAAGAAAGAAACAUUGGAAAACCAGCAGGUUGAACACCAACAGUACAUACAGCUUCUGAAGGAACAAAUUACCGCAAAAGAUCAACAAGUUGUCAUGUUACAGAGUGAUUUGGAAGAUUUGAGAGACCGAGUGAAAGAUAAAGAUUCAACCAUUGACAGAAAGGCUCAGAAAUCUCAGUCACUACAGUCAGAGAAACGUAAGAUUGAAACUGAGGUUUCCGACCUGAAGGAACAACUAGAAAUUAAAGACAGAAGAAUAUCAAACUUACAAACACAGAUUGAUUCCCUAGAGUCAGCUGUUAAUGAAAAAGAAACACAGUUGAGGGAAGCCACUACAAAGUUAGAAUCUCAGGACUCUGAUAAUAAAAUACAGGUGUUAGAAGAAUCUCUUAGUGAAAAGGACAAGCAAAUAGACAGAUUGAAAGAACAAAAGAUUAAGUCAGAAAAAGAGCAUCAAGAAGAAUUAGAUGUCUACACUAAAGCUAGUCAGGACAUUAAGACUCGACUGGAUUCAUUGCAGUUAGAGUUUAAUGAAAAACAGACAGAGUUGGUGGAAUUAAGAGAACUGUCCACAGAAGCACAAUCAGUCAAGUUUGAGGCAGAUUCUAAGAUAAGACAGCUGGAGAGUGGUCUGGAUGAUAAGACAUCAGAGGUAGAGAAACUUAAUGUUCGUAUUGAGGAGUUAAAAGGUGCUAUUCCAGAAACAAAGACGCAAGAGGAAUUACAGAAACAAAUAAGUGAUUUAUCUAGUCAGGUGGAAACAGCCCGUGAUGAUGCUAACAAAGCCCAGGAGGAGGUGGAUAGACUUAUGGGAAUCAAUAAGGAAUCAGAAAAUGAGAAAAAUGAGAAGGAAAACCAAAUCAAGGAAUUACAAGAAAUAUUGAAAGAAUACAAACAGAAAGUAGGAACUUUGAAACGAAAACAAAGCAUGGAGAAAAAGAACAGUGCUACCAUGCUUGAAGAGGCUAGAAAGAGAGAGGAUAGUUUGUAUGAUGAUGCUUCAAAGUUAGAGGAUCAUAUGAAAUCUAAGAAUGAUAGAAUAGAGGAAUUGGAAGAAGCUCUGAAAGAAAGUGUGAAAAUAACAGCUGAAAGAGAAAUGGUGAUGGUGGACCUACAAACACAGCUAGAAGAUGCUGAGAAAAAGGUGGAUGAAUUUACAAUGGAUCUAGUCAAGUCAAAGUCUGAUAACUCAGGAAAAAUGGAAAAAAUGACAAAAAUUAUGGAAGAAAAAGAUAUCAAGUUAAAAAAAUUGCAUGCAGAGAGACAUAAACAUCUGGAAGAAGUGUUUGAAAUGAAACAAGAGGCCAUUCUUGCUGCCAUGAGUGAAAAAGAUGCCAACAUUGCACUGUUAGAAAUGACAAGUUCUAAAAAGCAGAACUAUAAAGAAGAAAUAGAAAAACUUAAUGCAGAUAAAGAAAAGCUUCAACAACAGCUAAGUGAUGUGACUCAUAAUAGAAUGAAAUUGAUUCAGAAACAAGAAAGAAGAGAAGAAAGGAAGAAAUCAUCACUACCUCGUAAAAAGAGAGAGAGUCCUGUAGAGGCUACUGAAUCUCAACCAGAACAAGAGCAACCUCCUAUGACAGAACAGACAGAUUCUUGACAUCUUUAGUCUCCAUAGAUUUUGUUUUAAAUUGAUGUCCCCAUCAGUAUUAAUAACAUAAAUGAUCAGAAAUAGAUUAUACCCAUAUAUGUAGAGAAAAGAAAAAAACGAUGAGAAUUCCUUUAAUUAACCCAAGUAUGGAAAGUGUAAUUUUUACAACUCAAGUUGUUCUGAAAUCUUAAUGAAUUAUAUGUACUGUUAUUUGUUCUAUAAUAGUAUGAUUUUGUCUUAAAUUUAUUGGCUUUUAAAUUUCUUAAAAAAAAAAUAUAUAAAUGAACAGAUAAAAAAAAAAUGAUUUAGUAGACUGUCAUUGUAAAAACAAGCUUGUCUUUGAAAUAUCAACUGUGACCUAACUAAGAUACAAAACUCUCUGGUAUGCAUCUCUAUGCAAAAGAAGAAAGACAUUUCUUUGUAGUCAAAAUGAUCUUUUAUUGAUAUGGUUGUAUACAUGUUUGAACUUGUACAGGUGAAUAUUAUGAAACUGAUUAUAUUUUGUAUGACUAAAUGAGGGUCUGGAUGUGGGGUCCUGCAUUUUUUUAUUCUUUAGCUUUUUAGACCAUUUUUCUCCAUUCUGAAUUUGUUUUGACCCUUAUUUUCUAUUCUUUAUAUUUCAGCACCCCAUUAUUCUCUGGUUUUUUUUGUUUUUCUCAUUUUUGCCCUUUUAUUCUUCUAUUUUUGCCCAUUAUUCUCUAUUCUGUAAACCCAUCCAGACCCUCCUUCAUGAUGAUGAGUAUACAAACACAAACAAUCUCCUUGAAGUUUUUCAUAUUCCUACAUCCAAAAAGGAAAUGCACCAAGCGAAAAAGUAUCCUCUGUAUAAAAGGACCAGACAUUAAAAAAAUCAUCUUUAACCUCAAAAUCAACAAUAUCAAAAAAGGGGGGACACUUAACGAUAGAUAAUACUCACAAAUAUUUGGCUCUUUGCCCUUCUGCAGUAGUAAAGACAGAAAAAUCAAUCUAUUUAAAUGUAACAGUUAUGUGUAAGAAAAUUGUAGCUUGUUGAACAUAUUAAGCAUGCAACAUUUAGUUGUAAGUUCUAUUUCAUUCUGUGCAAUAUUAUACAGUAUGAAAAUACACAUUGAGUUUGCAUUUUCUAUUUGGACCUAAACACUUGUUUUAACAAUUCUAAAUAGUACAUUUGCUAUAUUUCUCAACAUAUGUUCAGUGCUGGUGAUGUAAACAAUUGUAAUGAUAUUUUUUGUAUAGAGUACAAUUUUUGUAUAAAUUACAUUGUGAUAAACUGUGUCUGUGAUUGUUCAUUAAGGUUGUAUAUAUAUAAGUAAAGGAUUUUUUAUUCAGAAAACAAUUUUUGGUCGAUGUUUUUGUGUUUCAUUGAAUAUUUUAUUAGAUACAUAUUUGUUAAGAUUUAGUAUUCUUGAUUUUUUUUUUAAAGAGGAAUGUCUUAACAUAUUUUUCCCUGAUGACAUUUACUUUGAAGAUAUGUUUUUAUGGUAAUUAGCUAUAUCCAAAAAUAUCAAAUAAUACAAAAAUAAAUCUGAUAUACAUCAAUUUUGUAGAUUUUUACUUUUUUCAAGAGGCAUAGCUCCUUCAUGGCAGCUUUGUGAAAUAGAAACUGUAUUUUAUAUUAUAUGUAUUUUAUUGUCAACAGUACAUAUGCUAAAAAAGAGUAAAGGUAAAAUAAAACUAAAUUUAUUAUCUGGAAACAUAGACAAAAAGCCCUGUUUAAGCAUUGUAGCAUAUAGAAGGAGUUGUGCCUCUCAGAAAAUUGAAAAAUAAGGGAUAUUGAUGAUUUCAAGAUUGUUGGUUUAGUUAGCUUUUUAAAUGUAUUGGGACAUCACUUAUGCUCAUGAAACCAUGAUAAUAUUGAUAUACUAUAUAGCUGAGCUUUUACUGUUCUCAAGGUUUAACCUUUGAUUAAUUUAUGUUUUGCUAAUAUUCUUCAGUCAUCAAAACAUCAGUUUGAUAAUGAACAUUUCAAGUUUUUCUACAUGAACAUAUGUCUAUUAUAAAACAGAAAUUUUGAAUUUUUAUUCAAACUUUUAAGUCCAUAUAGCGUAAGUUCUACAUAGUAGAAGCCUUAAUAACUAGAACAGAUAAUUUUAUUGUCACAUGGUUGUAUUUGGAGUUUUACUGGGUCAUGUGGAUAAUGAAGAAAUUUUUGAGAUUCUUGCCUUUGUCAACUAGUUUAUAUAGAUUAUAUAAAGAUAAAAUACAACUCAACUUGUUCACAGAAGAAAUAGGUUAAUUUUUUACCUGUGAUGAUUUUUUUGAGUACCUUCAAUAAAAGUAUUCAUAAUCCCAUAAUAUUUAUUCUGUUUUUAUGUAAAAACAAUUUUCGAAAGAAUAUUAGAUAAAUUUAGCAUGAGCGUUUACAUGCUAUCUUUAUUUUUGCAAUAAGAAUAAGAACUUUUUUCUUCAAAAGCACUGUUUUGAGGAAACAUGAGAUUAACAGAUUGAGUUUAACUUAAGCAAGUUCAAAUGCUAGAUUCAAUUUUGUCUCUACUAUUGCAAUUGUGACAUUUUACAAACAGAAAUAAUUAUGUGUGUCAGAGUAUUUUUUUUAUGUAUCAGGUAUAUUUUUUGUCUCGAAAAAAGAUGACUGAUUGCAGCAUGAAUAAGAAUAUGUAAAGCUACAUAUACAAGAUGCUUACUUCUUGUUAAAUUUUUACUGAAAUGUGCAAUAUAUAAGAUACAAGCAUUUAUAAUUCAUUGUCAACAAUUCAUUUAAACUAUUAUCAUACUUGAUGGAAGAUUGUGUUCUGGUAAAUAUUUGUUAUUAUAAGCCUUCAAUUUAGCUAUAGUUGUUUUUAAGAUUGGAAGGAUGUAAUAUUUACCUCUGUAGAAUGACAUGUAUGGAAUUAUAAGGAAAUGAUAUGAGUGUUUUUUUUUUGGUCACUUUUAAUGAAAUUAAACUGAAAACUUUUUCAAAUAAAAAAGAGAUUUGUUCAUUCUAACAAUGAAAGUUAUUUAUGGGCAGAGAAAACACCAAACUAAAGCUUUUGACAGUGUGCAGUUCAAAUUCCCAACAAAUGCAUGAGUAAUAUUACAUGUUCAAGAGCAGUAAGGAUAUCCUGCUAUGUAUGUGAUACCUCUCAUGUAAUUUUAACAUUUGUACGUCAAAUUAUUAAGGUAUUAAAUCUGAAUAUAAUAAACAAUAUUGAAUCUAAAGAUAAAUUUCUUCAGAUGAAUAUAUUGGGCAAAAUAAACUUAAUUUUAACAUUUAACAUUUGCUCAUAGGAAUUGCCUGUGUUAAGUAUACUCCUUUUAAACAGAUAUUUUUGUUCUUUUUAGAAAUUUUUAUUUUAUACUAUUUUUAUUUUUUAUUUUAAGGGCUGUAGAUUACAUGGCUUUUUUGUAAUUUACAAAAAUAAUAAAGUAAAUUAUGUAUGAUUCACGUACAUAUCUUUGUUAUAGAUUUCCCAUAUGCUAUUACUAUAUAAACAAUAUAUACUUCCUCUCGACAUUUGCUUGAUUAAAUUCUUGGGAAAUUUUGCACACCUCUAAAUGUAAAAAAAAAUAGACUUUUGAUUCAAAAGUUUGGUAUAGAUAGUUUUCAGCAAUGUUAUGUAUAUUUUUUUUAAUAUAUUUUCUGAGUUCCUCAUAUGCUUUAUUGGAAUAGCCCUUUAUUAUCAAUAGAUGAAUUUAAAACAAUGAAUAUGUUUUAUACUUUACCUCAGAGAAGCACAAUCACAUGACUCUUGUGUUAUAAUUUUCUGAUAACUCUAAUAAGUGUACAUGUACAUCAUGAAAUGUGCAAGUUGAUGUAAAUAUUUAUUUAAUUCUUACGUAGUCAAUGAAGUUUGAUUUAAGUCAAUAGUAAAACAGCAUUAAAAUAAAAACAAGAGACAAAUUUAUAUGGAUAAAUAUGUUACAAAAUAUAAAAAUCAAUUAUUUACUGAGCAAUAAAAAGGGGAAGUAACUCAAAAUGUCAUUAUAUUACAAUUAAUAUGUAGAAAAAAACGAUAUGUAGUACAAAGAUAAUUUUGUUCCUGAUAAAUAGACUCUAAAGAGACUCAAAACCAUGUGGGUAGUAUGGGUAUCUUGAGAUUCCAUGUCCAUAUAAACAGCCUGAUUCAUACAAAGUCUCAAUCUCACAUGAGUUAUUUAUAUACCUCAGAUAAAAGCCAGUAAUGUUGAGAGUAACUGCUUAUUAAUGGUAUACAUGUAUCUAUGUUUUUAUAUAUUAUAUAUAUAUAUAAAUUUUUAUGGCAUAAUAGUGAGAAUAUUUGUGCUUGCAUUGUUCUUGCAAACAUAAUUUAAAGUCUCCAUUAUGGAUUCCAGGUAAAGUUAACAUAUAAUAGUAAAAUUUACUUGAUUUCAACAUGCAAUAGUUUUAUUUGUAGAAAUUAAUUGCAACAGACUGUUAGCCUCUCACAAAAAUAGGAGUAUCAUACCAUCUUUUUCAUUAUGUCAGAGUAGUUUAAUAGUACUAUUUGACAUAUCAGUCUUAAUGCUUACCACUUGAAAAUCUUGUACAAUAGAUUCAUUUAUUUUCGUGGGUGUCAAUUUUCGUGAAUUGAGGAAAACUUUCAUUUUCGUGGAUAUUUAAUUUCCUGGUUUUGCAAAUCUCUGCAUACAAAGCCCAUAGAAAAUUUGUAAUUUGUUGAACAUUUGAAUUUGUGGUUCAUAUUUACCCACAAAACCCACGGAAAUUAAUAUCCAACGAAUAAUAAUGAAUCCACAGUAUGACUAUAAUAUAAGUAAUUUGGGAGAGUGUGGCCAACAAAUCUCUAAAGAUAGUUUUUUUUUAGAUUCUUGUAAAUAAAUUACCUCAACACUUCAGAUGACAAAGAUUUAAAUAAUUGAAGAAAGAGGUGGUGUUUGAUGGAUAAAUGUUUCUUUGAAUGAGAAAUUGGUGUUUGUACCAUUAAUAUUUUGCCUCCCUAGAUGUAAGGAUGAAAUCCAUUUAUAUAGCUGAAAGACUGCCGUUGUAAAACAUUUGUAUGAGGUGCUCAUAUUUAUUUUUUGUUCUAUGUCGCAGUUAUUACUCUAGCACUGUCAUGUUAUAAUAUGCAUGUAAAAAAUAAUAAAAAAUACCUACAUAG